CAUGCAUACAUACAUGCGUUUUUCGCAUACACACCGAUUUGCUUGAUGAGAACAAAAGAGCGUAACAUUUGCGCGUGUCUCAUGUUGGCAUUCUGGUUGUGUUCUUUUUUUAUUCUUUUUAUUUGUUUUGUGCCUUCGCGUCGUGUCACAAGUGUUGUAAUAAAUGUUGAUACCAACUGUUUUGGGGGAAGACAAAUUAUUUGUCGAAGCGCCGGAGCCUUUAAAUCUACAAAGCUUUAUAAAAGCAGCCAAAUUAGAGUUAAAAAUUGAUGCCUCAAGAAAAAUAACAGCCUUAGAGUUUGGUGCAACCAUUAAAGAAGACCAGUUUGAAAAAGUAAUUCAUCAAUAUAUGUCAACACCUACUUUUCAUAUUGAGUUGCAAUUUGGAGACUCCGUUCGAUCAGUGGCAUCAGCAUCGACAGUUAGUGGCACUCUAUCGGAGUGUGAAUCCGUAGGUGGUUUUGGGGAUCUUACCCCAAAAACAAAUGUUAUUUCAACUUUAAAGACUGACAUAGAGUCCAUCAAGUCAAUUCCGGCUAUCAACAAAAUAUGGAGAAUUUUUAUUGCCGAAAAACGCCUGCAAAAUAAAGAUAGGGUGAAUAUUUCGAAGGCCCUUAUUGACGAAUGUCUAAAAGAAGACCCUAACAGAUUACUUAAACGUGAAGAUUUUGAAGUUCUGAAGUUAUAUUAUAUAUUAUAACAUGUAUGAAUUUCUUUUAUGUUAAAUAAAAUGUGAAUAUCAA